AUGGCUAGCGACUGUGCAACAGAUGCAGCGUCGUCGCCUCUUGAUGGGUCCUUGUGCGGUCACGAGACUCUGGAAGCCAUGCUGAAGGCUCAUCUUCCCAAGGAUAAACUCGAGGAGGCCCUUCGCGUCCUUCACGGCCAUUCCAAUGGUGAGGGGUUGGUUUCUUCAGUCACCCUCCCGGAAGCAGCAACGGAGGCAGCACAGCGGCUCGACUUCGACCUGCAGGCCUACAAGUUCGGCGCUGCACGCGAGCAGCUUCGGGGGCCACGUUUCAUCCGAGCAGCCCUGGUGCAAAACCGAAUCGUGCUUCCCACCACAGCGCCUUUCGCGGAGCAGCGCAGCGCGAUCAUGAGCCGUGUGUCAGAGAUGAUCGACAUAGCAGCAUCGUGCGGAGUCAAUAUCCUGUGCCUACAGGAGGCGUGGCCAAUGCCCUUCGCGUUUUGUACCCGGGAGAAGCACUGGUGCGAGUUUGCAGAGGUGGUUCCGGAGGCUAGUAGCAGUAACGGGGGUGAUAAUAACGGGAUGGGGUGUAACGGUACUGGGAACAGCAGCAGCAGAAGCAGUGGGGGGAGCGGUAGUGGUGGCGGUGGUGCUGGUGGCUUGAGGGGGAGAGAGGCAGGGCCGACAGUGGCGCUGGUGUGUGAACUGGCAAGAAGGCACAACAUGGUGAUUAUAAGCCAUGUGCUUGAACGGGAUGUGACUCACGGCGACACUGUGUGGAACACUGCCGUUAUUGUGGGCAACAAAGGGAACAUUAUUGGGAAGCACCACAAGAAUCACAUUCCGCGGGUGGGUGAUUUUAACGAGAGCACGUACUACAUGGAAGGAAACACGGGCCAUCCGGUGUUUGAGACGGAGUUUGGGCGAGUGGCAGUCAACAUCUGCUACGGCCGCCACCACCCCCUCAACUGGAUGGGGUUUGCUCUCAACGGAGCAGAAAUCAUAUUCAACCCAUCGGCUACGGUGGGCGGGCUCAGUGAACCCCUGUGGCCAAUUGAGGCACGAUGUGCAGCCAUAGCCAACAGUGUGUUCGUGGGGGCAAUCAACCGCGUGGGCACUGAGACCUUCCCCCACGCCUUCACCUCGGGGGACUGCCGGCCCGCCCACAGCGACUUUGGGCAUUUCUACGGCUCCUCCUACUUCGCUGCUCCUGAUGGCUCGCGCACCCCUGCUGCUUCAAGAUGCAGGGACGGGCUCAUGAUUGCCGAUUUGGACCUCAACCUGUGCCGGCAGGUGCGGGACAAGUGGGGCUUUCAGAUGACCGCCCGGUACGAGAUGUACCGAGAUCUUUUGGACCGAUACUGCCGCCCAGACUUCCAGCCACAGAUUGUCAGAGACCCCACCCUUCCACCAGCGUAA